AUGACUAGCGCCGGAAUCAAAUUGCCUUCAAUUGCAGAAUUGACCGCCUUCACAAACCUUCCAGAAGUCUCCAGAUCUUUGGAUGUGCCUUACCUGUCGUCAAUUUCUCCAAAGUCUGCUCCUUUGAGUGUUCCCCUUUCGAAGAUUCCUCGUGAGAGCUUUCAAUUCCCUCAAAGCAUGUCUCUUCCAACACCAAGACCUAGCUUGAGUGGUCCUUCAAGACAAAACUUCAUGUUACCUCCAUCUCUUCCAAGUAUCUCUCUGUUUGCCGCAUACCACUGUGCGCCUAUCGACCCAUUGUACUACGCUCCAGCGCCAGGAUACGCGGUUCCGACCCCUGCUCAAGUGAACCACAUACAGCCAAGUUUCAAAAAAUGCGUGGUAUACCAACUGCCAGCUUCUCUUGCUAGUAUGAGCCCCUCCCUGUCAUUCGUUUCUACAUCCCAGAACAACUCUCCAAUGUUGAAUGAACCUGUUCUUGUUCAAGAGCGUGUUCACAAAUGCCAGAGAUGUGGCACGACCGAGACUCCCGAAUGGAGACGAGGACCAAAUGGUCUCCGUACAUUGUGCAAUGCCUGUGGCCUUUUCCAUGCCAAGUUGGUAAAGAAGAAGGGUGCUGUUGCUGCCGCCGCCGAGGUGCUCAACAACAAAGUUUACAAGGGCAGUAACGGCAGAAGGGUGACAAUUAAAAAGGCUCAUUUUGACCAAGAAUACUACAGAUCUCUUGAAAAGUUUUAG